AUUCUUUAAAAAUUAACACCAGUGGCAUCCUUGAUUUGCAUAUUUCAACCACUUCUAGUUACUUGUCUUCUCAGGAUUCAUUGAUUCGUGGUUUUCUCGUGUUCAUAUGGGCCAACGAUUUGCCGACCUUAUCAUUGUUGAAGGAUUGGAUCAAUUUGUAGAAAACACCAGUGAUUCUUCGUUCUUCAUGCGACUGACUUAUCUACUAGAAGAUACACGACAGUUUAUUCACAGUUCUACAAAAGAUACUGAACAUGGUCAUCAUUGUGGAUUGAUUGUUUCUAGUUCGUUAACAAAGUCAUGUAUACAGAAAAAUCCAAGUUCUAAAUUAUUCCCCCAGCUCCCAGCCCACGCUUUGAGGAAAACAUAUCUGUUGCAAGAGCAAAAUGAGAUUAACUGCUUUCAACUUCAUUCAGUCGAAGAUAGCUGGAAAUUGAAUUUAAAAAGACAAUCUGAUGAAAUCUUUUGGAUAUCAGAUCAUUAGUCAUUUACUGUAGUAAAGCUGGAAAGAAUGGGGAUUUCUACUGACCAAUUUUGAAUGAAGACUAGUUCUCUACGGACAUAUUACUUUUCUCAUCGCUAUUUUUGUUGUACAUGUCUUCUUAACUACAUUCCUGAAAGAUUAUUGUUUAAAUGCUGUGAACAUGGAUGUGUAAAUUUCAGAUCAUGAAUUUGAUUAAGACAGAAAUGUUAGACACUGCAAUGAAUUUAGUUCACAAGCAAUUUUGCAUUGAGUUAAUCUUGAAUAACUAUUGCCUAUGAACCACUAAAAUGUUGUACUAUUUUUCAAUACAGUAUAGGUGUCAGUUUA